AUGUCUGUCCCUCAUUCCUGCACGGUUCUCGUCAUCGGUGGCGGGCCCGCGGGCUCCUACGCGGCGUCCGUGUUGGCUCGAGAGGGCAUCGACUGCGUGGUGCUUGAAGCCGAGAAGUUCCCUAGAUACCAUAUCGGGGAGAGUCUGUUGCCCUCUGUGAGGUAUUUUCUCGAUUUUAUUGAUCUGUACGAUACCUUCAACGGCCAUGGGUUCUUACGCAAGAAUGGGGCAACGUUCAAAUUCAACUCCAAGCAACCUGGAUACACUGAUUUCGUCGGCGCCGGAGGCGCAGGCAAUCACGCGUGGAACGUCCUUCGCUCCGAGGCAGACGAAAUCCUGUUCCGGCACGCCGAGAAGAGCGGAGCGAAUGUAUUUGAUGGGGUGAAAGUGCAGAGUCUCUCCUUCACGAAGACAAUCAGCAGCACAAGCACAAGGGUCGGCAGCGGCAGCAGCGAAGAAAGGCCAGGAAAACCAGUCUCUGCAUCCUGGAUCCGCAAGAGCGACGACAGUUCCGGUACGAUCCAGUUCGAUUACUUGGUCGACGCCUCGGGGCGCGCGGGCCUGGUGAGCACAAAGUAUAUGAAGACGCGGAUCCCCAAUAAGCAAUUGCAGAGUAUGGCCGUUUGGGGAUACUGGAAGGGCGCAGGGACGUAUGGGCCUGGUGCCGGUGAUCCAUUCUCUGAAGCCCUCACUGACGGGAGCGGGUGGGCGUGGUUCAUCCCCCUGCACAAUGGCAUGGUCUCGGUAGGGGUCACGAUUAAGCAGGAGCGAGUCGUGGCGAAGAAGAGAGCAUACGGAUCCAGCGCGGAUAGGGAGUUUUAUCUGGCGUGUCUCAAGGAUACGCCGGGAAUCGCGAAGCUACUUUGUAAUGCUGAACUGGAGACAUCGGAUAUCAAGUCAGCCGCGGAUUGGUCAUAUAAUGCUAGUGAAUAUGCGCAUCCGCACGUACGCAUUGCUGGGGACGCGGGAUGCUUCAUCGACCCGUUGUUCUCCUCAGGAGUACACCUCGCCAUGACCGGGGGCCUCUCAGCAGCUGUGACCAUCUGCGCCAGCCUGCGGGGGAACUGCACGGAGGAAGAGGCAAUCAGAUGGCAUUCGGCCAAAAUAGCCGAAGCGUACACACGCUUCCUACUCGUGGUGCGCAGCGCGAUGGAGCAAAUUCACGGGAAAGAAAAGGCCGUGCUGAAUGGGCUGAACGAGAACAAUUUCAACGCGGCAUUUGACCACUUCCGUCCGAUUAUCCAGGGAACGGUCGAUGCAGGUGGAAAGCUCCCCAAAGCGGAAGUGGACAAGUCGGUGGAGUUUUGCACGAAGGUUAUUCACAAGGUGGAGAGUGGGUGUUUGGCGGAUCUGGAUAGUACGCCUGGUGCUAAGUUCACUGCUAGGGGCGCCGCUGCUACUUUCUCGGGUAGCAGUCAGUGUGAUGAGGUUAUGAUGAAGAUGGUCCGCAUGAAUCGGAUUUUAGACCUGAACAGCUUCAAGGCGGAUAUUGUCAAUGGGAUGGCGCCUAACAUGGAGCGGGGGACAUUGGGGCUGGUGAAGCAGGUACCUGCCUAA